AUGAAAGAACUUGUGGUUGAUAUUAGCCCUAAACGUAUAGAGGCACUUCAAUUUGGAGCACUCUCAGCCCAAGAAAUCGUCGCCCAGUCUGAUGUGGAAGUCAAAACCAGAGAUCUUUACGACCUAGAGAAUGGCCGGACUGUGAAAUCAGCCGGUGCUUUGGAUCCAAAGAUGGGGAUCUCAACCAAUUCCAAUGAAUGUAGUACUUGUCAUGGGAACUUGGCCUCAUGUCACGGGCAUUUUGGUCACAUCCGUUUGGCAUUACCGGUGUUUCAUGUGGGUUACUUCAAAUCCAUCAUCCAAAUCUUACAAUGUAUUUGUAAGAACUGUGGAGGAAUGUUAUUAGACGAACAAAGUAAAAGGAAGUUCCUCGCUGACUUAAGGAGACCUUUCAUCGAUAACCUUAGGCGGAUGAAGGUUCUUAAGACCAUCGUCGACCAGUGUAAGAAACAAAGAAGGUGUUUUAAAUGUAACCAUAUUAAUGGGGUGGUAAAGAAAGCUGCUAGUGGUGGAGGUCCUGCGGCACUUAAGAUCGUUCAUGAUACUUUUAGGUGGAUAGGGAAGAAACCUACGCCAGAGAAGGCGGUAUGGGACGAAGAAAUCGACCAAAUCAUCGACAGAAACCCUGAACUUGAAAAAUUCACUAAACGGAUGUUUGAAGAUUUAAAUCCGUUGAAAGUCCUUAACUUAUUCAAACAAAUAACUCCAGGGGAAUGUGAGUUAUUGGGGAUCGACCCAUCUCGUGGUGGGAGACCAGAGAUGUAUAUAUGGAGGUAUUUACCUGCGCCACCAGUUUGUAUCAGACCCUCAGUAAUGAUGGAUGCUCAGUCUAAUGAAGAUGAUCUUACAGUCAAAUUGACCGAGAUCGUAUGGACGUCGUCCCUUAUCAAGGCCGGGAUCGAUAAAGGAAUCAGUAUCAAUAAUUUGAUGGAACAAUGGGAUUACCUUCAAUUAUCGGUAGCGAUGUAUAUUAACUCCGAUUCCGCCAACCCAGCAUUGAUGCCAUCAUCAGGAGGGGCGUCGAAGUCAUCCAAGCCCAUCAGAGGGUUCUGUCAAAGAUUGAAGGGGAAACAAGGGAGAUUUAGAGGAAAUUUGUCGGGGAAAAGAGUGGAUUUCUCCGGUAGAACUGUCAUUUCCCCAGAUCCAAACUUAAAGAUCGAUGAAGUGGCUGUUCCUGAUAGAGUGGCCAAGAUCUUGACUUAUCCGGAGAAAUGUACCCGAUACAAUAAACGGAAACUUCAAUCAUUGAUUUUAAACGGUCCCGAUGUUCAUCCUGGUGCCAAUUAUGUGCUUAAACAGAACGAGAACUCCAAACGUAACCUUCGAUUCGGUGAUAGAGUCAAGAUUGCCAAAAAUCUUCAUAUUGGGGAUGUGGUAGAGAGACAUAUCGAAGACGGGGACGUAGUGUUGUUUAAUCGUCAACCUUCCUUACAUAGAUUAUCCAUCUUAUCCCAUUAUGCUAAAAUCAGACCUUGGAGAACGUUCAGAUUAAAUGAAUGUGUUUGUACUCCAUAUAAUGCCGAUUUUGAUGGUGAUGAAAUGAAUUUACACGUCCCCCAGACCGAAGAAGCUCGUGCUGAAGCCAUUAAUUUAAUGGGGGUCAAGAAUAACCUUCUUACACCCAAGUCCGGUGAACCAAUCAUUGCUGCCACCCAAGAUUUCAUCACUGGAAGUUAUUUGAUCAGUCAUAAGGACUCUUUCUUCGAUAGGGCCACCAUGAUUCAACUCUUAUCAAUGAUGUCUGAUGCCAACCUUCAGUUCGACCUUCCACCCCCAGCCAUCAUGAAACCAGUAUCGUUAUGGACCGGGAAACAAGUGUUCUCAUUACUUAUAAAGCCCAACCGAAAUUCUAAGGUUAUCAUUAAUUUGGACGCCAAAGCUAAGACCUACAUCCCACCAUCUAAAGGGUUUGCCAACGAAAUGUCGCCUAAUGAUGGUUAUGUGGUCAUCAGAGGGUCACAAAUUCUUUGUGGAGUCAUGGAUAAGUCCUUGUUAGGAGAUGGGAAGAAACAUUCAGUGUUUUAUACCAUCUUACGAGAUUUCGGACCUCAUGAAGCUGCUGAAGCAAUGAAUAGAAUGUCGAAGUUAUGUGCUAGAUUCUUAGGUAACAGAGGAUUCUCCAUUGGUAUCAACGAUGUCACUCCUGGUACCGAAUUGAAGAAGAAGAAGGAAUUGAUGGUUGAACAAGCAUAUCUUAAAUGUGAUGAGCUCAUUGAUCUUUAUAAUCGUGGUAAAUUAGAGACCCAACCAGGGUGUAACGAAGAACAAACGUUAGAAGCCAAAAUUGGGGGGUUAUUGUCUAAGGUUAGAGAAGAAGUAGGGGAAGUUUGUAUCAAAGAACUUGAUUCCUUGAACGCCCCAUUAAUUAUGGCCACUUGUGGGUCCAAAGGUUCUACUUUGAACGUUUCCCAGAUGGUGGCCGUGGUAGGUCAACAGAUUAUCUCCGGUAACCGUGUGCCUGAUGGGUUCCAAGAUAGAUCAUUACCUCAUUUCACCAAGAAUUCCAAAACUCCUCAAUCUAAAGGGUUUGUUAGAAAUUCUUUCUUUAGUGGAUUAAGUCCUCCUGAGUUCCUUUUCCACGCCAUUUCUGGUAGAGAAGGGUUGGUCGAUACGGCGGUGAAGACCGCUGAAACAGGUUAUAUGUCUCGUAGAUUAAUGAAAUCUUUAGAAGAUUUAUCUGCUCAAUAUGACCAUACGGUGAGAAAUUCCUCCAACGGGAUCGUACAAUUUACCUAUGGAGGUGAUGGUUUGGACCCAUUUGAUAUGGAAGGGGACGCCAAACCCGUUAAUUUCGUCCGUCAAUGGGAUCACAGUACUAAUCUUACCCACAAUAACGGCGAUAAAGGUUUAUUACCGUUUGAAGUCAUGGAACAAGUUGAAAGUAUUCUUCAACCUUUGGAAGCUAAGUUAAUUAGGUAUGAUAACCUUGGGAACGUCGUUAGCGGUGAAGAUAGUGGUAGAAUUGAAUUCAUCGACCAAAAUGAUGCCGAAAGAGAAUUUUAUAAUUCCAUCAGAGAUUUCUUCCGGGCCAAAUGUCAUCAAUUAGGUGACUUUAGGGCCAAGAAAGGGUUGGAUCCUUACCACCAUCGUCCUGAUGAUUUGGAUAUCAUCAUUGAUGAUGAAGAAACUGUUCAUUCCGUCAACCAAUUACUUAAGAUCACUUCCGCAGCCGUGAGUACCUUCUUAACCCAAUGUUUGUAUAAAUAUUCUCGUGCUAGAGUGGAACCAGGAACUGCGGUUGGAGCCAUUGGGGCCCAAUCUAUUGGGGAACCUGGUACCCAGAUGACUUUAAAGACUUUCCAUUUUGCUGGGGUUGCCAGUAUGAAUGUUACUUUAGGGGUUCCUCGUAUUAAGGAAAUCAUCAAUGCUUCCAAAGUCAUCUCCACCCCCAUCAUCAAUUCCGUGCUCGUUAACGAUGACGAUGAAAUAGCUGCUCGUGUGGUUAAAGGAAGAGUGGAAAAGACUCUUCUUCAUGACGUGGCGUACUACAUCCAGGACGUCUACCGUAACAACAUGGCGUACCUCUCGGUAAAGAUUGAUUUGAAAACCAUUGAGAAGUUACAAUUGGAAUUAUCCAUCGAAUCCAUAGCUCAAGCCAUUGCUAAUGCUCCUAAGUUGAAGAUAUCUCCUGCUCAUGUCUCCAUCUCAGGAGAAGACCGUAUCAACAUUCUUGUCACUAUUAGUGAUAAGCUUGAUGCUCGUACGAUGUCAGGAGACUUCAAGGAUCAUUCCAAUACCCUUUUCUUCCGUAUGCAACACUUAAAGAGAGUGUUACCUGAUAUUUGUAUCAAGGGAUUGCCUAACAUCGCCAGAGCGGUGAUUAAUAUCCGGGACGACGGUAAGAAAGAAUUAUUGGUAGAAGGAUAUGGUCUUAAACAAGUCAUGAGCACCGACGGGGUGGUUGGUACUAAAACCGUCACCAAUCACGUCCAUGAAGUAUUUGAAGUGUUGGGAAUUGAAGCUGCUAGGUCGUCUAUUAUCGGAGAAAUCGAUUAUACCAUGAGUAAGCACGGUAUGAGUGUGGAUCCUCGUCAUAUCCAAUUGUUAGGGGAUGUUAUGACGUACAAAGGUGAAGUUUUGGGUAUUACUAGGUUUGGGUUGAGUAAGAUGAGAGACUCAGUGUUACAGUUGGCAUCGUUCGAGAAGACCACUGACCAUUUGUUCGAUGCGGCGUUCUAUAUGAAGACCGAUAAGAUCGAGGGGGUCAGUGAGUGUAUUAUCUUGGGACAGACGAUGAACAUUGGUACAGGGUCGUUCAAGUUGGUGAAGAUGGAUGAGGUAGGAGAGUUGGUAGAGAGAAAGACCUUGUUUGAGUCGCUUGCUGUCUGUUGA